AUGGCCAUGGAACGAUCGAUUUGUCAAUCGGAUUCGCUUGGCCGUCGCCUAGCAUCAGGCUCGGGGACUAUGGUGCAGCCAAGGAUGACUUGCCGAUCGAAUAAUGAUACAUCAUCGUCAUAUACAUUGAUCGAUCGGCGAGUUGUUCUUGGCUACGUCUUAGCUCCUGCUCCUCAUGUCAGGCCGGCCUGCGGUUGUGACGCUUCUCGCCAUGGUGAUUCCAAGCAUGCUGCAUCAGGUGGAUACAAAGCAUGGAUAGACAUUCUCCGUUUAAAAAUUAAGGGAGCCAUGGUCUCGUCUGCCCAGCCCAACCGGACGGCUGUAGCGGAUGAGCAGGCGUUCGUUGGAACUUGGAAGCCAUGGGAUGUCAAGAAUUCCUGGACGUGGGUUCGGAGGUCCUACAGCUUCAUUUGA